AUGAGGACUAUCGUUCUGAACUUCUUGGUAUCGCUUUUCUUCAACGGGAUCCUGACACAAUCUCAUCGGAGGCCUAAACCAGUUUAUACCUGUGGUGGAAACAUUACUGGGGAGUCUGGCAUCUUUGGCAGUCAGGGAUACCCAGGUGUCUACCCAGCAUAUACCAAAUGUGUGUGGAAGAUUACGGUGCCUCGCGACAAGGUGGUGUCGCUUUCUUUCCGCGUGCUUGAUCUGGAGAGUGACACCUUGUGCAGGUAUGACUUUGUGGAUGUGUAUGACGGGCACAUCAAUGGCCAGCGACUGGGGCGCUUUUGCGGGACUUCCAGGCCAGGUGCUCUCGUCACCAAUGGGAACAAGAUGCAGGUGACAAUGGUGUCCGACGCCAACACAGCUGGUAGUGGAUUUCUUGCUGUUUUCGCCGGUGUGCGGCCCAACGAGAAAGGGAAUCGAUACUGCGGAGGCCUUCUGGACAGAUCGCCAGGCUCCCUGACGACUCCGAACUGGCCCGAGAAGGACUACCCUGCUGGCGUCACCUGCACCUGGCACAUUGUAGCCCCCCAAAACCAGAUCAUCCAGCUGAAGUUCGAGAAGUUUGAUGUCGAGAGGGACAACUACUGCCGCUACGACCACGUGGCCAUCUUUAAUGGGGAGGAGGCAAGCGACGCCACGCGGAUUGGGAGGUUCUGCGGCGACAGCCCCCCUGCCCCAAUUUACUCUGACGGCAACCAUCUCCUCAUUCAGUUUCUGUCUGACCUGAGUUUAACUGCGGAUGGCUUCAUUGGUCAUUACCAGUUCAGGCCCAAGAACUCCAUCAUCAGCAGCAGGGGACCACCCACCUCCACCACUACCCCCACUACACCUGCUGUGACCACAGGGCCAGUGGCAUUAACAUAUUCAGAGGCUCUGUGCAGGCAGAAAUGCAGGCGGACUGGGGUGAUUGACAGCCACUACUGCUCGAGCAACUUCGUGAUCACUGGUACGCUGGUGUCGGCCGUCAUGCGAGAGAAGAGCCUGCACGCUGUCCUCUCCAUCAUCGGCGUGUACAAGCAGGGCAGCCUGGCCAUCCAGCAAGCGGGGAAGAGGCUCAGUGCCCGCGUGGUGAUCCUCUGCCGCAAGUGCCCCUUGGUCAGGAGAGGCCUGAACUACAUUGUUAUGGGCCAGACGGAUGAAGAGGGAAAGGGGGUGAUCGCGCCCCACCACUUAGUGAUGGCCUUCAAAGGCAAGAGGCACAGAGAGCUGAGCGUGCUGAAGAAUAUUCACUGUUAAAACUCCAGCUGGGGGAGAGAGAAAGACAGAAGGAGAGCGAGAAAAACAGAGAGAGAGGAAGAGAGGGAAAAAGGGAGAGUGAGAAAGAAAGCCCGUCAUGCUUCAUCAGAACUUGAGUCGCCUAAUUUCUUUGCAGCUCUUAACAGAGGAGCAGUGCAAGGGUUGACAAGCUAAUUUGCAGUGAGCUAUGAUUAUAUCUCCCAGACGUUAUGAUAUGGCUUAUUGAUGGUUGCAGCAAACCAGGCAAAUGUGAAUUCAUAAAUGUGGGAGUGUUUAUUGGGUAUUUAUGCAUGCAGGAUGCCCCAGUUGUUGUCACAGCAGGCCCCACAUUUCAUUAUAGGUUAGCCACUAGCUGUGAAAUUCAACAACUACUGCAUGUGAGUAUUAUGCUGAAGACUUUACUUUUAGAGUUGCCGAAUGAAUAGCAGUAAUAUGUCUCAAAAUUAAUUGUUUAGAUAAACAGAUAAAGUCUUAUUUAUGACUUUAAGUUUUCUGUAUUGCAUAAACAACACCUUGACAUGAACUAAAAUGGUACAGUGGUUUGACGCUGCUUUUUAUAGCAUUCCCACUCAUUUCCCCCCACGCUAAUGUUACACGCCAACAUGCUUUCAGAUAUUGCGUAUGCCAUUGUUACACACACAGUGGCAGUGCAGUGAUUCAUCAGA